AUGGCACCUCCGAGUGAAAAAUCCACCAGAGGUCGCGCAGCUCACGCAACGCUUCAGGGCAGAAAGCACGGUCGUGACCCCAAGACGUCAGAAGAGGAGGAUGGCCAGCCCAGGCGGAAGCGAGAGGCGAUUGGAUCGAGUUCAGCCUCUAAAACUCAAGUAGCUCCUCUUCGAGACUGUGUCUGUGGAAUACAGCAUAACUACCUAGAUUGCUGGUAUCUGAAUCCUAACAAGGCACCAGCGAAAUGGAAGCCGCAG